AUGGAUACAAUGAAACUCCUGCUAAUUGGCGCCCAAAAAAUGGAUGAUUGUAAUAGAAAGCGUAUAGGGCCCCUGCCUGGGGGUCGCAAGGGCGCAUCUGGAGCUGGCGCUGUACGCAGCAGCAUGCGGGCCGCCAGCCAAGUGCGAGGUGCUGCAAGAUCACCUAGCAGCACCCCGCAUCCAUCAUCCCCACAAGAUGGCUUGAUGUCGGCAGGGUCCUCUCGGACUCGGCAAGAAGCAUCCGCCGCUGGUGGAGUGCGCCGCAUGCGUUGGACACAAAAUAUGAACGCAACCGCAUUGCGGGCGUACUAUAGGGCGAAAGGGGGAGAAACUGCGGGGAUAGCGUAUCGGGCUCGGAUGCAUUACUUUUUUGCUGAGCUGGAGCCGUCUAUUCCCGUCACGGAACAAAACCUGGCAGACCGAGUUCGGUUCAUCAUGCGCUCGAAAAUAUUUGAUGAUGCCGAGCUCGAACGACUACGAUGUGAAGCCAUUCCCUCAUCGAAUGAUAUGGCUAUGGCUGGGGAUGCAGCUCCUCAGGCGACAGCCCAGCAUCCACGCGUGAAAGCUGCCGUGAAUCUUCCUAUUGUGGUUGAUUCGGACGAUGAUGAAAUGGUCUCCCGCGAACUAGAGCAAAUGAGGAGUAUAUUGGAAGAGGCGAUUUUGAAAACGCGCAGCGUGCCUCUCGAAAAUCGACCGCUUCUUUCCCGCAUACCCCUAAGCAGGCGAAAUCGGGCUGUCGUGAGAGCUCUUAACCUAUUUGGAAGCCAGUCGGGACCUUUGCGAGACGGACUCAGUUCUUUUUUGCGCCGCAGUUUGCCGUAUUAUUGCCAAACUUCCCGUGGCUGGACGGGCUACUAA